AUGGCGCCGAUGCCGAAAUGGAUCCUCAAGACCCCGCGGGUAGUUCUCAUCGUCGUGUUUCCAAUCAUCAACUUCAUCUUGUAUUUAAUCCUGUCUCUGGGGUGCAUAAACGACUCCCUCAGCGGCAUCUCACCCAUAGUAGCAAUGUCCAACAGUCCAGUGGACAUCGGCGGCUCGCAACUCCGAGUAGACCUGCGUGUCGGUUUCUGGGGACUCUGCUUCGGACCCGCGCCAGUCAACUGCACCAGCAGUGUCAGCGUCUUCCAAACCAAGCGCGAGAGCCAGAUCGCCAGCGAGAUCCCAGCCGACCGCGGGGGCGGCAACUUCGCGCUGGCCGGGUUGGCCUUGGGCCUGCAGUCGAGCUUUGUCGUGCUCAGCGGCAUCCCGCUGCUGCUGCUCCUCUUUGCCGCUGUCGUUGCCAACAUGGUGCAGGUCUACUUCAGCACGCGUGGCAUGGGCGACAAGCACGCCAAGGCGGCGCUCUGGGCGCGCAGCCUCGACUGGGCGGCCGCCGCCGGGGCCGUCACGAGCUUCAGCGCGUACCAGUCCAUUGUGGCGGCCGCGUCGAGACUCAUACGCGCCGUCUCGGGCACGCCGCUGACCAUUACCGCCGGGACGACGGCGACGAAUCUGUUUGCGGCUGUUGUAGCUAUGACGCUGGCCGGGGCGCUUAUUAAUACCUUUCUGACGGCGGGUGACGCGGGGUUUGAUGCCUACGUGGCGGCGAAGAAGAAGGGUGAUGGGGUGAAAGAGGCAAAUACUGGUGGAGGUGGACCUGGGAGAGUGAACUUCAGUAGAAGGAGACCUGCCUACGAAGUCUUUCCGUAG